AUGCUACCCUCUAGUGAGAAAAGUCAAGUUGAGCCCCAGCUACAACUGGGACACAUCGAAGCGUUGAAACAGGGUACUGCAAAAUACCCCAUCGAUCGAUGCGUUAUGAAAAUCGCUUCCAUCCCGGCUGGUACAAUGUCAUUAAACAAAGAUUUGAUCUUCCUCGGUCAGCUGCCCAAAAGGACCAUCCUGUGUCUGGUUUCUAAUACGUCUUUCAACGGAUCCUACGAAACCAAUCCAUUCAACUACCAGAAUUACGGUAUCACAUCACUGGUCCUCAAUGUUAGAGGUGAGCAAGUUCCGGCAAAGCCGUUGAAGACGGACUUCACGGCAGGUGGUGGUAGAAGUUGCAUCAUGGCUUAUUACAGUCUAUUUACCGGUACAAAUAAAAUGGGACAAGACCAAGGCAACGGCAUCACUCGAGACGAAUAUCCCGAAGGGUACACAAUCUUCGCAUUUGACCUCACUCCCGACGAAUCUGCCAGUGAUUAUCACCUCAAUUUGAUACAAGAAGGAAAGAUUGGUCUUGAGAUUCAGUUCAGACAAGCAUUGACUGAGACUGUGUCUGUUUUGAUUUAUGCUGAAUACGACAACGUUAUCGAGAUUGACAGAGACAGAAACGUAUUGACCGAUUUCUAG